AUGGAAACGGUGCGCUCUUUCCCUGGGAAUUCUGGUGGUCCCAUGCGGCAGCCCUCUGCGGAGGACUUGGAUGCUGCUCAGCAGCUGAUCUCGUCUGCGCAGGCCGGUCGCGAACACUUGGCUCAGCAUUAUGGCGAUGGUCCUACAUUCAAGGAUUCAAGGAAUCCGCCGCCUAAUGGGCCGCCAUCAGCAUCCGGACAGUCCGUCGAUGGACGAGCGGAGAGUCAACCGCCGACAAAAGCAUCUCCGCGAUCCCAGAAGGACACAACAUUUCUGGGUCAUUCCUGCAGCAACUGCGGAACGAAAAACACUCCACUCUGGCGUCGAUCUCCCACGGGAGCCAUGAUUUGCAAUGCCUGUGGCCUUUAUCUCAAAGCCCGCAAUGUGGCUCGCCCGACAAAACGAAAUCGUGCUCAGCAAAAUGCCGACACCGAUAAACAAAAUACUCCUGCUCCUCCGGCAGACCCGAACUCAGCAUCAGAAGGCGGCUGUCAUGGUCCGAAGGGCUCUUGCCCCGGUGGUGGAAGCUGCAAUGGCACGGGCGGUGCCGAAGGAUGUGAUGGAUGCCCUGCAUACAACAACCGCAUUUACAAAUCCUCGCACCGCGGUGGCCCCGCCGUACAGUCGCAAUGGGGUCGUGCUGCGGCUCCCGAGGCGGAACCGGUAGUUGCGACUCAAGAGGCAGAGACUCCGCCGAAAAAUCCACCUACCGAGGGGAAUUCGACAUUGGUCGCUUGCCAGAACUGUGGGACAACAGUAACGCCCCUCUGGCGCCGAGAUGAGCAUGGUCAUCCCAUCUGCAAUGCCUGUGGAUUGUAUUACAAGCUGCAUGGCUGCUACCGCCCAACGACAAUGAAAAAGUCUAUCAUUAAACGUCGGAAACGGGUUGUUCCAGCACUGCGAGAUCAGUCUCCCACCGCCGCCACGCAAUCCUCGAACGGAUCAUCGGCUUCUCCCGAAGCCUCCCCGGCUGCCCUGGCCCAUCCUCACGACGAACACUACCGGUACAUGAGUAGCGAGCCUAUGGACCGUGUUCCCCAACCUAUGGCGUUUGCACCACCCCCCGUCGACUUCACCGGGUUCCACAUCAGUUCCGCGUCCAUGCAGCAUCAGCAUCACCAGCAUCACCAGCUCCCGAAACUGAUGGAACCUGAGCGAUUGGGACUCUCCCCAGUGUCGUACGGACGACGCUCCGCGUCUCCCAACUCUCUCAACCUGCCCAAGAAACGCACUUUGGCUGAAACUGCUGCCGAGGCCCUUCCCACUACCACCAUGGAAUCAAAUCAGCUACCACCCAUCAUGUCUUCGGCCAAUCCCUCGCCUCCCGGUCGCCUCAGCUCAAUAUCCUCGAUCCUCAACCGCACCGAUACCCGUGAUGACUCGCUCGCGGAGCCACAGCUGAACCGGCCGCCGGCACUGCAGCCCCCGAUGCACUCGGCUGGACAUCAACAAGCGCUCCCGGGCAUUUCCUCCUUCACAGAAGUCUCGUCUGACCGCCGUGCCCAACUCGAGCGGGAGGCAGAACAGAUGCGCGAGGCCUUGAGACAGAAGGAGCGCGAGCUGGCCGCAAUGGGUCGGUAA